AUGUUAAGCCUUGACCAAGCCCGGCAAAUCAACCAGUUUCGUACACAGAUCCGCCUUUGCGAAACCGAUACGGAGAAAUAUGAACUCUGCGCGCAAACCCGAAACGACGUGCUCGAGUGGCAUACCGAGGUGCAGCUCCUAGUCGCUGCUUAUGAGCAUAUUAUAGUGGACGAGUGUGCCGAAUACAAAGAAUGGAAGGAGAAGAGAGGAGAAGGGCAGAGAUUACCAAUUAAAACCAGAGAGGAUGCGGCCAAGUGGGAGAGAUUCGUCGACGUGGCGCAAGGCGGAUCAGAGGUCAAGUCCGGAUGUAUCGGUCCUUUGAAAACGGUAGGUCGAUACUGGGGCGCAGUCUUUGUCCAGAACUACUAG